AUGAAAGCAAUUUAAAUGAUGGAGUUGUAUAAUAUGAUGAAUGUUAAAUUAUUCAUAAAGAUAUUUAGGAUUAUAGACAUUUAUUGAUUGCCGAUUUAAGAAAGUUAGAAUUAUUUGAAGAAAAAUAAAUAAGAGGAAGUUUUUGUAUUUAAGAUAACGUAUAGAUUAUUGUAUCUCAUAUUGAGAAACAAAAUAGUAAUGCUCAGAAAAACGAAGAGAAAUAUCAUACUUAACCUAUUCGUAGAAUUGUUAUUGUUAAUGAUGAUUAUUUGAAGAUUGAAUAAGAUACUUAAUUGAUCAAAGAUCUAAUUCAAAGUUUGAAAAUGAAUGAAUAUAAAGUAUAUUAUUUGAAAACUUCUGUGGAAACAUUCUUAGAUAAAUAUCCUUUUUAUAUUUUAUCCAAAGUCAUAUUAUAAAAUUAUGAAAAUUUGCAUAAUAAUGAGGAUUAAUAGAAAUUAUUGUUCGCUUAUUCCCAAUUCCCUUAAUAACUUUAAGAGAACAAACUCUAUUUAGGAAGUAAUUUGAAUGCUAAUAGUAAAAAGUAAUUGGAUGCUUUAUAAAUAAAAACAAUUAUAGAUUUUAAGACAUAUGAACCAGAUGCUAAAUUUUCUGUUUGGAAAAAAGAAUAAUAUAAUUAUAUUAAUUAUCCUAUAAGUGAGGAAGGAGAAUAAUUAAUAGAUUUUUAUCAAAUUACUGAUUUAAUUGAAUCUUAAAAUACACCUAUAUUAUUGUGUUGUCCAGUAAUUAUGAUAUAUUUAAUUAUAGGAUGGUUAUUCAAUAACAAAUGUUGUAGCAAUAGGAUAUUUAAUGACAUUAAAAAAAUAGAAUUUUAAUAUUUCAUCUUUGAAAGUAUUUCAGAUAAGAGGAAACACCACAGUGAAUAAAAAACUUUAUUGUCAAAUAUUAACAUAUGAUCCAAAAACUAUAGUUAAUAAGAUAACACAAUAACUAGUAUAAUAAUGA